AUGUCGUCUCUUUUCCGGGUCGGCCAAGUUCUCAAGGGUAGCAUCGGGACGUAUACACUCACUCAAGAGCUCAAAGAAGCUGUCUGGCUCGCUAAAAACCAAGCGCAAAAGCUGGCGGUGAUCAAGGCCCAGCAGGGUCACCAUGGGGUUACGAACGAGCGAAACAUUCUCAAGAAACGUCAACAUCGCAGCACCUACAUUAGACCAAUGAUCGAAGAGAUCCAAGGCCCAGAUCUCCCCGUCACAAUCGCGUUGGAGUAUCUUGACAGCACCAUUUCAGAGGCGUCCGCGGAAAAGGCCUUGAAUCGAAAAGAGUUGAAACUCGAAGAUCUCAAACCGGAUAACGUCUACGUCAAUAUGCAGGAAGGCGACAAUCGAUUCAGCGAGGUCAAACUUGGCGACAUGGGGAAUUGCUCUCAUGUCACCAGUGCAGGUCCUACUUCUGGGACUCCGUGUGGCGCACCAACAUGGUUUGUGCACAUGCACUACGGCUCUCACUUCAGCCUAUGCGUCCCUCAGGGCCCAAAAGCUGAGGAGGAUAGGGAAAAUCUCCCCUUGCAUGUUCUUCUGCGACAAUUAUACUGGUUCGGGCCGUUUCCAAACAAGACCGUCGAGAUAGCUGAUGAAGAGAUUACUAAGACCCUAGCGUCUUUGAAGAGGAACAAUAUGCCAGCGCAGCAAGGAAUGUUCAAGGUCAUCUCAGAGUUGGAGCUGUCAAGGAAGGAUAACGAAUUUGUUCGUAGGAUAAUGAAGAUGGACUGGAGGGAUAGACCGAGUGCGAAGGACCUGUUGGAAGAUGAAUGGUGGAGAGAUGAAUGA